AUGGCUGCGACGAGGCUCGAUCGACUGGUGUCGCUGCUUGACACCGGAUCGACCCCUGCUAUCCGUGCCACCGCCGCGAAACAACUGGGUCAGAUUGCAGCGGUACGCAUUCGAGGUCAGAGUACAGCACAGCAAGCUGCUGCUCAUCCAAGACCACCAGCGAAGACCGAAUCCUCGACGCAGUCCAACUACAACCUUGGCUCAGGCACAUCCACCCCGGCCAUCGACCCUGAAGCCGACGGUCUGGUCAAGUCGGAAGAUGCGUCUUCUUCUUCGUCCGCCUUGACAAAGCAAAGCGGCGGCAAAUUCGGCACCUCCGCUCAAAUCAACAAGCAGCAAAACUUUACCGGCCCUUCCGUCGUGGACCAAGUCGGCAUCUACCGAGGCACCGACGGUGAUCGGGACGAGAUCACUUCGUAUCUCGCCAGAGUGGUGCCCUUCCUUCGCUCCAAGAGCUGGGACACUCGUGUAGCUGCUGCUCUUGCCAUCGAGAGCAUCUGCCACGCAGCCGGCAUCUGGGAUCCUGACAUCCAACCCUCAAAGCCAGGCGAAAGCUCCAAGUCGGCCCUUGCUGAUGAUGACGAAGACACUAAAGAUGAAAAGCCCGAUCUCUCCGAGCUUCUUGCGACUGAGUCGCUCCUCACCUUCGACGCAUUCUCGCUGCCUACCGUCCUCUCUACCGGUACCAAGCUCUUGUCAUCAGCCGGAAAGGAAUUUGAACAGGCUUCACUCGCCUCUGGCUCCGACCGUCUUGCUCAGGCGAAAAAGGAUGUCGUCAGCAAGCUCGGUCUCGGCUUUGGUCUGGACGAGAUGGAUAUUGGCAUGGAUGUAGAGGCCGAACUCAAAACAGGCGAAUCAGCCACCACCUCUUCCAUUCCGCGUUCGUCUCAGGGAAGUGUAGACUGGAGGACAGCGGCGGGAGGUGCGUCCAAAUCCACGCUACCGCCUCCUCGGUUUGGCGCAGCUGCCCCCCCAACCACAUCCUCACUCCCACUACCGCGUUUCACAAACGCCAGCGCCGCUCCUCCCUCUCCUUCUCCCAUCACCCCUACAUUCGCCUCGGCCACUUCGGCGCCUUCACCAUCUCCAGUACCUGCCGCGUCCGGUAACGAGACAUCAGCAGAUGACAUAGACAUGAGCAAGCUCAGCGCUAGAGAACGCAAUGCUCUCAAGAGGAAGCGCAAGUUGGAAGGCAAAAAUGGCCCCUCAGAGAUCAAAACGAGGGUCAUUGAUACCUCAGAUGCAGCCUCGCCGAAUGCAGCUGCCGGCCUCCGUGUCAAGACUCCUGCAGGAUUCGCUCAGACGCCGGCCACUCCCGUCAAUGCUGAAGCCCCGGGUGAUUACCUCAGUGCCGGCCCUCCGCCUACUCCCAAGCACCCCGCAGGCGGUCCCGGCUCGAUGCCUGCCGUGACAGGCAGCGUCUCGACACCCACUCCCACCGGCGAGGUGCCCGGUUCCCCGGCAGCGGCGUCGUCUCCAGCUGCAGGAGGUGCUGCGCCGGCUGCGUACACCUCUUCUGCCAACCCCUUCCAAGUCAGACCCGGCGAGUGGCCUUUUCGCCUCGUGGUCGACACGCUCAGCGUCGAUCUCUUCAGUCCCACUUGGGAGACGCGCCACGGUGCGGCUCUCGGUCUCAGAGAACUUCUCAAGACUCAAGGCUCUGGCGGUGGCAAGGUCCAGCUCGCGUCCAAGCAAGACAACGCCAAGAUGCACAAAGCGUGGUGUGACGACAUGUCGAUCAAACUCCUCUGUGUCUUUGCGCUCGACCGUCUCGGUGACUUUGUGUUUGACCAGGUCGUCGCACCCGUUCGCGAGACGGCGAGCCAGACAUUGGCGUGUCUCAUGCCACACAUGCCCGAAUCGUCCAUCCUCUCGGUACACCGCGUACUCUUGCAGAUGAUUCGCCAAGACCACGCCGCAGAAGGCGCGGCCACCGACUUCAAUGCUGGCUUCGCAGCCAAGAGAGGCAAGAAAGGCUACGUCUGGGAAGUGCGCCAUGCGGGUCUGCUCGGUCUCAAGUACGAGGUGGUGGUCAAGAAGGACCUGCUCAUGUCUUCUGCUGUUCCGAAGGGCAAGCCCGUCGCAGUCAAGAAGGAAGAGCAAGAGCAGGUCUCGUUCGCUGAUCAGGACGCAGUCCUUGACACGGGCAAGAUGCUGCGCGAGGUUGUCGAGGUGGCCAUUCUCGGACUGAAGGACGAUGACGAUGACGUGCGUGCGGUAGCUGCCUCUGCCCUGGUGCCCAUCGUCGAUGUCAUACUCCAAAAGCUGCCAGGCGAGGUCGGCCGCCUCCUCGAUCAGCUGUGGGAUUGCCUCGGUGACCUCAAAGACGAUCUUGCUAGCAGCACCGGCGGUGUGAUGGACCUCUUGGCUAAGCUCGUUGAGCACCCCGGAAUUGUGAUCCAUCUCAGAGCGGAAGCGCAAGAAGAACGAGCGCUGUCCCUUCUGAUUCCGCGCCUCUUCCCUUUCUUCCGCCACACGAUCACUAGCGUGCGUCUGUCGGUGCUGAAUGCGUUGCGCGUGUUCCUCACGGUGCCUUCUCUUCCCAAAGACUGGAUCGACGAGCGUGUCUUGCGCCUCUUGUUCCAAAACCUUGUUGUGGAGGAGAAGCUGCCAAUCCGCCGUGCUAGCGCCGAUGCUUGGGCGCAUGCGCUCGCUCACGUCGCUGGCGACUCUGACAACGUGCAGAAGCUGCUGGGCCCCUACAUUGUCAACUUUUUCCGAAUCAUUAUGACCCCGCUGGGCUCGCCAAUCGACUUUUCGCUUUUCUAUAGCGCCUCGUUCGGAACCAGUAGCCACGCUGAUGUGAACCGACAUAAUGUGGACAAGGGCAUCUUAACGCAGGAUCUGUCUCUGGUCGGCGUGGAUGCCGUCAUUCGCGGUCGUCUGAGUGCCGCUGAGGCGUUGGGAUGCGCCAUGGCCCGCUUCCCUCGCGCGGACGACGAGGCUGCAUUCGGCGAUGUCCUGCGCGAGUACCUCGAAUCAACGUCGGCGCUGCAAAAGUGCUUGGCGGCAGCCAUCAUUCAGGAGUGGGCGCAGGCGUGCACCAGCCUCGGUGUCGACCUCAAGGAUUCGAGCGCGUUGGUCGCCGGCAUCGCUGGCCGACUCGUCAGCGUGCUCGAGACACCUGCGCCACCCACAUACGCCGAGAUGACAGUGAUGCUGCAGCGCAUCCAGGCCGAGUGCCAGGGUCUGUACAACUCGUUCCAAAGGGACGCCAAGGUGCCAAAAGCUAAGAUCCCCGCGCUUCCCACCACAGUCGAUCCUCUCGGCAUGCUGGUCGACGCAUUCACCAUUGACACGGCCAAGGAUGUGGCGCAAAACGGAUUCGAGUCGCUUCUUUCGCAGGCUGGGUCCAAGGCUAAGAAGGCAGCCCUGCCACUGCUCGAAGAUCGCCGGCGCAAGCUCAUUGCUUCGAUCGGCUUCUACCAGGCCAACAAGGAGAAGCAGGAUACGCAGGUGUUUGCGUCCAUCGCAGGCGCCGUCAUCUCGCUGAAGCUGCUUCCACCUAAACUCAACCCGGUCAUCCGCAGCGUCAUGAACAGUGUCAAGUUUGAAGAAAACGUCGACCUCCAGGUUCGCUCCGCGCGCUCGGUUGCCAAGCUGAUCGAAUACUGCGUGUCGCCCGCGGCCAAAUCGAACCCGAGCGACAAGAUUGUCAAGAAUCUGUGCGCGUUUGUGUGCCAGGACACAACGCGCGUGGCGAUCUUUGCUGCGAGCAAAAACGCUCGCGAGGGCAUCCUCAGCAUGAACGAGCCCGCGGUUGCGCCCAGGGGGCCUGGUAGAGCCAGCGCUAAGGACGAACCGGUCGAGUCCGAGGAAGUGAUUCAGGGAAAGCUGAUCCGUCGCGGUGCCGCUGCUGCGCUUGCACAGCUGGCCGACCUGUUUGGCGAGAAGCUGUUCGAUGCCGUGCCCAUGCUGUGGCAGUGCAUGAGCAACUCUUUGCUUAGCACGUUUGGCUCUUCGGCGGCAGGCGCCGACGCGCUGAUCGCAAAACAGGACGAUCUCGGCCAGAGCAUUCUGGAUGCAUGCGCAGUGCUCGACGUCAACUUGCCCAACCUCAAAGGCAGCCUGUGUGACAAGGUGAUCGAGCUGCUUCCCGCGCUGACCCUAGCCAUCCAAAGCGAAUUCGCCGUCAUCCGCUCAGCAGCGGCCAAAUGCUUUGCCGUCGUUGCCAGCUGUCUCACCGAAGUAGCCCUGAAGCAUGCCGUCGAGCAAGUGGUUCCACUCGUCGGUGACGCAGCCUCCAUCACCAACCGUCAAGGCGCGGUCGAGCUCGUCUAUCACACGGUUCAGCAGCUCGACCUCAAGAUCUUACCCUACGUCAUCUUCCUCAUCGUACCCGUGCUGGGACGAAUGAGCGACAACGACGAAAAAGUACGCCUGGUCGCCACCAACACCUUUGCCUCGCUCGUCAAGAUGGUGCCGCUGGAAGCAGGCCUGCCCGAUCCUCCCGGAUUUUCGAACGAUCUGCUGCAGCGCCGGGAGACGGAGCGCAAGUUUCUCACGCAACUGCUCGACGGGUCGAAAGUGGAGCCGUACCGCAUUCCGGUCAAGAUCAACGCCAAGCUGCGAAAGUACCAGCAAGACGGUGUCAACUGGAUGGCUUUCCUGGCCAAGUACCAGCUGCACGGAAUUCUCUGCGACGACAUGGGUCUUGGCAAGACGCUUCAGUCGAUCUGCAUUCUGUCGUCCAAGCAUUUCGAGCGUGCCGAGCGGUACAAGCUUACCCAGGCCGCCGACGCAAAGCCGCUGCCGAGCUUGAUCAUCUGUCCGCCUACCCUGACAGGGCACUGGUGCCACGAGAUCAAGCAGUACGCCAACAACCUUCGGCCUUUGCUCUACUCGGGUCUGCCGGCCGAGCGCGCGCGUCUGCAGGCCGAGAUCCCGCGCUACGAUGCGGUCGUCAUGUCGUACGAUGUGGUGCGAAACGACAUUGCGGCUCUGUCACAGAUCUCGUGGAACUAUUGUAUUCUCGACGAAGGACAUGUGAUCCGCUCGGCCAAGACCAAGACGACGAAAGCGGUCAAGCUCAUUCGCGCCAACCACCGACUGCUACUGUCGGGCACGCCGAUCCAGAACAACGUGCUUGAAUUGUGGUCGCUGUUCGAUUUCUUGAUGCCUGGCUUCUUGGGCACCGAGCGCAGCUUCCACGAGCGCUUCGGCAAGCCCAUCAUCGCGUCGCGCGAUGGCAAGCUCAGCAGCAAGGAGCAGGAAGCUGCAGCGUUGGCGUUGGAAGCGCUACACAAGCAGGUGCUACCGUUCCUGCUGCGAAGGUUGAAGGAAGACGUGCUGGAUGAUCUGCCACCCAAGAUCAUCCAGGAUAUCGAGUGCGAUCUGGGCGACAUCCAGAAACAGCUCUAUGACGAUUUCAGCAAGGAGCAGAACGAGGACGAGGCCGAGGCAUUUGCAGGCGCCACAGCGAGCGCGGGAGGCAAGGAGUCGAGUGCGGACAAGCAGCAUGUGUUCAAGUCGCUGCAGUACAUGCGCAAGCUGGUCAACCACCCGUCGCUUGUGUUGACGGAUGACAACCCGAAGCAUGUGGCGAUCAAGCAGAAGCUGGUCAAGAGUGGGGGGUCGUUGAACGACAUUUCGCACUCGCCCAAGCUGCAAGCGCUGCGCCAGCUGUUGCUGGACUGUGGCAUCGGGCAAGGCGGCGGCGGCGGCGGAGCUGCUGGCAGUGGUAGCGCAUCAUCAGACCUGGUGGGCUCCGAAGAGAACGCCGUCUCGCAACACCGCGUCUUGAUCUUCUGCCAGCUUAAGCAGAUGAUCGACAUUAUCCAGCGCGACCUGUUUGCAGCGCUGAUGCCUUCCGUGUCGUACAUGCGACUCGACGGAUCGGUGAGCGCAGAGAAACGCCACUCGAUCGUGCAGACGUUCAACGCGGAUCCGUCGAUCGACGUGCUGCUGCUCACCACGCAGGUCGGUGGACUAGGUCUGACCUUGACGGGCGCAGAUACGGUGAUCUUUGUCGAACACGACUGGAACCCGAUGAAGGACCUGCAGGCUAUGGAUCGCGCGCAUCGACUCGGCCAGAAGAAGGUCGUCAAUGUCUACCGCUUGAUUACGAAGAACACGCUCGAGGCCAAGAUCAUGGGUCUGCAGCGCUUCAAGCUCAAUGUGGCGAAUAGCGUGGUGAACCAGCAGAAUGCGGGCAUGGACAGUAUGGAGACCGAGCAGAUUCUGGAUCUGUUCAACGCACAGGGCGGCGGUGGCAGUGCGGCGGGUAAUGGAAACGGGGUGGACGCUGGAGCGGAGGGCAAGAAGAAAGGGUUCGGCAAGUUGACACAGAAACAGAUCCUGGAGGGCGCGCAUAGGGGCCCGGAGAACGAGGAGCACGAGUAUGGCGAGAUGAGUGGGUGGAGGCCCGAUCAGUAG